CAACACGUUGACAUGGAGAACGUGUUGACCUUUGCCAUCAUUGGAGAAGAUACAAUUCGAGACUGUCACUAACCCACAUUUAAUAUUUUCCCCUAUUUGCGCCAAACUCUAUACUUCCUCUUCACUGUCUGGUAUUGUGCUUUUGCACCUUCCUGCUCUGUGCGCCAGCCAAGACAUCCCACGUUGCGAAUCAGGUUUUAUUCCUCUUCAGCCGACGUCACUCUUUAUUCUCGGCCGGCAUUCUCUAGCUACAAAAGCAUUUCUUGAAUCCCGACUAUCGAACAAUCAAAAGGAAAAUAAUAAUCCAUAUCCAUCGUCUUCAGUCCUAUAACCAUCCCAAUACCUCGAGCAAGAAAACAAAUAGGAUAACUAUGGACGCCCUCAAGAACGCCGUCGGUAUGGGGAGUAACAACGAGAAUGGAGAGCAACAACCACAGUCAUCUAAGCAGAGCGGUGGCUUCCUUGGUGGACUGGGUGAUAAAAUAAAUAGCGCUGCUGGCGGAGGAAAGGAAAGCGAAAAGGAUGAAGACCUUCUCGACAAGGGCGUCGAUGCCUUUCAGCAGUAUGCUCUUGGGCAGGGUCCCCAGGAUAACGAGUCGGCCGUUGAGCAAGCUAAAGACGAGCAAAUUUCCGAUUUUAUCCGCUCUCAGUACAAGAGCACUACAGGACAUGAGUUCCCAGUCAAGGACAAACCUACGAAGCUGGAUAGAAAUGCCGAUUGAUAAACUUGUUGAAGCAGAUUGAUUGGAGGAAGAAGGGGAGGAGAAUCCCGUCUAUAGUCUGACUGAAAGCACAUUAUUACGCCUGCAGGAGCAUACGUGGAUAGCAACAUUUCGGACUUUUACCAGCACAUAUUGCAUUAUUAGCAUACAAAGCAUUAUUAGGCAGUGUCGAGCAUUUUCCGCCGCAUAGUAUCUAUUAUCAUAUCUGAAUAAUGUAUUCCUUUUUUAUUUGAUAGGUGGACGCUAUCAUAAGCAUAAUUAUACUCCGCCGAAACUAAUUCAUCAUUGUUGGAAGCACGAUGAACUUUUUGAUUUAUACAUAGAAAUACAAAAUGAAAUACACGGAACAAAAAAAAAAUUACCGGAGAACUAAAUAAAGUAUUCUUAGCAGAUUAAUUAGCAGCC